CAUGCCUUAUCUUACUGCCUAUUACCAUCCAUCACCUACCUAGGUAAGGAUUUUAUCAAAACCCGAUAGGCUUCUCCAGUCAUGGAAGUUUUUUUGUUCUUAUGAUAAAUUUUUCUCUCCAACAUCACUCAAUGCGAGAUUUCUCGACUAGCGAAGAUAUUGUUUUGAUAGCAGGAAAAUAAGUUUCCAGAUCGGCAACCAUAUGUGUCAGAAUACAUGACCUGUGUGUAAUGGCUCAACCUACACCGGAGGUCAGAGUCACUGAUACCGAUAGCAAGGAGACUGGUAUCACACUCCCGUUCCGGGAAUCUUCUUCUAACAAACCCCACCUUGAUUCCUACCCUUCACUUGAUAACCUCCUCCGUCGCCGGUUGAACAAACACCGCGAGGGAAGGCAUAAAGACUUCCUAACUCUGCAUUGUCUCCAACAGUUACUUACUAUUGAACGAGUUCGAAAACAUCUUGAAAUUUUAUUUCAAGAGGCCAACCAAGGAGGUUAUAGGCCACGCAGGGCAAGCGCCGAAGACUAUCUCGAAUUAAUUUGCGACCAUGAUCAACUCUCCAAUAGCUCAAUGCUAGUCAAACGAGAAACAUGCAUCCGCCUUUUCGCAAUUCUCAUUUUAGCCAACAAGGGUGCCGAAAUAUUCAAGUUCAUCGACAACAGUGUCCAUGACAAGGCAUUACCUAUCAAUAUUCAUGACGAGAACUUGCUUGACGAGGAUGUACAAUGGUGCAUCGAACACUGGACGGAGCUUCGCUAUCGAGAUGACUUUUACAUGUGGCAAUGGAAGGUGAAUGUGCCCUUCUUAUUCUAUGGCCAACAUCAGAUAUUCAGUGCUCAGGUCAUCUUACCCUUCACCGAGCCUGGAAGUGAUAGUGGACACUCCACUCAUUCAGGGGUAACGGUCCACAAUUAUUCUGUCACUGAAGCAGGGGGUUAUGGUGAGGUCAAAUGUGUUGAGAUACAUUCAAAAUGUCACAACUUUCAUGAGGUCUUUACCACACUACCAAGACGAGAAGGGCCAUUCGCAGUUAAGAAACUUCUUCAAAAUGAUCCUAUUCGAAUUGAAAAAGACUUCCAAAAAGAAGUCGAAAUGCUUAAGAAGUUCGACGGAGGUGUGCACCCGCAUAUCGUAACCGUUCUCACAACUUUCAAACAUGGGGAUUGCUACUAUCUCAUAUUCCCUUGGGCAGAAUGCGACCUUGGGAGAUAUUUCGAGAACAAUCGAAUGCCAACUCAUUCCCUCGAGACAGUUCGGUGGUUAUCGAGUCAGUGUCUAAAGAUCAUUGAAGCUGUUCAUCUGAUCCAUUUCCCCCCAGGGGUAAAUAAUUUGCAGCCUGGGGACAGAUUAUUCGGCCGGCACGGAGACAUCAAGGCUGAGAAUAUCCUCGUCUUCAGGUCUCAGAAUGGAGAAGCAAAUCUCGUACUCUCUGACUUCGGACUCGGAUCUGUACACCGUGAUAUAAGCAGGUCAAAUGUCCCCUCAAACAAAGUAGCAGUCACACCAGACUUUCGACCGCCCGAAUGCGACAUGGAUGGGGGACGGAUUAGCAGAGCCUAUGACGUCUGGACUCUCGGCUGUCUUUUCCUUGACCUGUUAACCUGGCUGCUUGGUGGGGAGGAUCUCAGAGAAGAGUUUGAGAAUACGCGAAUGACCAGUUAUAUCGACGGUCGCGAGACGCGAAUCUAUUUCGAGAUCGUGCAGACGGAAGAUGAUAAAAAAGGAUUUAUCAUAAAAGAUCAAGUAAGAUCAUGGUUCGACAAGCUUCGCAAGCAUAGUAAUUGUACCAAGUUCGUGCACGAGUUUCUUAAACUCAUAGAAGAGGACAUGUUGAUCGUGGAGACAAACGAAAAGAAGAGAGCAAGGACUGAUGUGCUGCUCGAAAAGCUACGAAGCUUUUCUGAAAAGUGCCAUGGUGAUAAGGCAGAUCUAUAUUGCCUUCACGGAGUAUCGGAUACAGGAGACCCCGCAACCAAAUCUGUACCACCAAUUGUCGAGGGGUUACUCAACGAUGCUGCCACAAGGAACAUAAAGGAACGACGGAUUCCGUUAAGGACAGUCAGAGGGCGUACACAACAAGCAGAACAGGCCCAAGAUGGUGUAGAGAUUCGCAUAGCAUAGGGGAUUAUGCCAGCGGAUGGUACACCUAAUGCUUCAAAUGAUACAUAUCCCGCUCCUCUAUUCCUUUCAAAAUGAUAGUUUCCUAGGUAUUUUUACCAUGUUCAUCCCGUAGUUCCUCCAACUCCUUUACGAAAAGCUAGAAUUUUUCGCCUCUAAUGAUUCUAUUAAAUUGGUGAAU